AUGCAUCGCUUGCAAAGCAAAUUAUUCUCAGGACAUCCCUUCGAGUUGCUGAACGGAGACGGCACGUCGCGAAUAGUGGGCGGAGUGGAAGCACCCUCCGGGUACGCACCACACAUGGCCGCACUAGUUUGGGGCGACACCAUCAAAGGUCUGAUGUGCGGUGGCUCCAUAGUCUCCAAACGGCACGUACUUACCGCCGCCCAUUGCAUAGAACCGAUGGUCAUGUGGGGUGGUCAGCUGUAUCCAACCUUUCACGCGAUAGUAGGCUCAAGUAGGUGGGAUUCUGAUGCCAUCGUCGCCAGAUUCAGCCAUCACAUUAACCACCCCGAAUGGGACUGGGAAAAUAUCAAGAAUGACAUUGGAAUUCUAUACCUCACUGAGGAGUUGAAGCUCAGCAGUACAGUGGCCGUCAUAGCCUUAAACUUUAAAUGGAUAGAUGGCGGCGAGAAGAGCUACGCGACAGGUUGGGGAAGACUUGGGAGCUUGUAUACAGUUCCCGAUUACCUGCAGCUGCUUUAUCUGGAGACCAUUUCUGCUGAGGACUGUGCUGAGGGUAUACGCGAGGCUUCAACGUUGUGGGGCUUCUCACCCCCUUUGGACCCCAAAGUAGAGAUAUGCACUUUCCAUUCGCCGGGACACGGCAUGUGCAAUGGAGAUUCUGGCAGUGCGUUGGUCUCCCGGAAGACUGGACAUCAGAUCGGGAUAGUGUCGUGGGGCUUCGCCUGCGCCCUUGGGGCUCCCGACGUGUACGUCAGAAUAAGUAGCUUCGAAGAAUUCCUCAGCCCCAUCUUGGGUUUAAGU